UCCUAUAUAUAGGCCUAUACUUCCAAGCCUUGUUUGUGUGGCCAAAGGCAGGAGAGGGAAAAUAGAAGUUGCCAGAGUACUAGAGCUAGAGAUAGACCUUGCAAACUACAAAACUAAAAAAUGGGUGAGGUUGACGAGGUAAGGUCCGCCCCCAUAACUCCUCGGCCGCCAUCUAUGGCCUCAACACCACCCAUAUCAUGUCCACCCUCUCAGUUCCACUCUCCUUCUCUGUCUCGAUCGCCGCUGCUCUCCACCGCCGACCAUCCCGAAACCACCGCAAACAAGACCCCAAACAAGACCCCCAGGAUCAGGACCCCACGGUUCAUUACUCCGUUGGGAAGCCCACUCAGGAAAGCUCUCAAGAUGACCAAGCUCGACCCACAAGAUGCUUGGCUUCCCAUCACUGAGUCGAGAAAUGGAAACGCAUACUAUGCUGCUUUUCAUACUUUGUGUUCUGGGAUUGGAAUUCAAGCCCUGGUGCUUCCUGUUGCUUUCACCAUUCUUGGAUGGACAUGGGGAAUCAUACUUUUGACAUUAGGGUUUGUAUGGCAACUUUACACCCUCUACUUGUUGGUGCAACUCCAUGAAUCAACUGAAACUGGAAUUCGCUAUAGCAGAUACAUGCAGAUAAGCAGUGCAACUUUCGGGGACAAGCUGGCUAAGCUGCUGGCACUGUUUCCAAUCGCGUACCUAUCAGGGGGCACGUGUGUGGCUCUGAUCAUCAUAGGAGGUUCAACGAUGAGGUCGUUGUUUCAGCUGGCAUGUGGGGCCAACUGCUCGCUCAAGCCAUUAACGAUCGUGGAGUGGUACCUAGUAUUCACGUGCGCCGCAGUGUUGCUGUCUCAGCUGCCGAACCUCAACUCCAUAGCUGGGGUGUCGCUGAUCGGAGCAAUCACAGCCGUCGGAUAUUGCACAAUCAUAUGGGUGGUGUCGGUGGCGAAGGGUCGGCUUCCGAACGUGUCGUACGAGCCUGUGAGAUCCCAUUCUCAGAUGGUUAACGCUUUUGAUCUUCUCAAUGCUAUUGGGAUCAUUGCUUUUGCUUUCAGAGGCCACAAUCUCACACUUGAGAUUCAGGCAACCAUGCCUUCAAGUGAGAAGCACCCAUCACGUGUGCCAAUGUGGAAGGGUGUGAAGUUUGCAUAUGCUGUGGUUGCAAUGUGCUUAUUCCCUAUUGCAAUUGGUGGCUAUUGGGCCUAUGGUCGCCAGAUACCCGAUGGAGGCAUGCUAACAGCUCUGUUCCAAUUUCACGGUAAAGAUACAUCGCGGUUCAUCCUAGGACUAACAAGCAUCUUUGUCAUAAUCAAUGCCGUGAGCUCCUUCCAAAUCUAUGGCAUGCCAAUGUUCGAUGAUAUGGAGUCCAAGUUCACCACCCGAUUGAAGAAACCGUGCACGUGGUGGCUCCGUGCAAUCCUCCGAGCCAUGUUCGGCUUUGGCUGCUUCUUUUUCGCCGUGGCAAUCCCUUUCUUGGGAAGCGUGGCCGGCCUUAUCGGAGGGAUCGCGUUGCCGGUGACUUUCGCUUAUCCGUGUUUUAUGUGGAUUAAGAUUAAGAAGCCCAAGGUUUAUAGCCCCAUGUGGUUUGUAAACUGGGGAUUAGGAAUUGUUGGAAUAAGUCUCAGUGGGGUAGUGAUCGCUGCUGGAGUAUAUGUUGUGAUUGACACUGGUAUUAAAGUCAGCUUCUUUAAGCCUCAGUAAUUAAAUUAGUUCAUGGUACAAAACUAAAUGAUGGUCUGAGUUUUUAGGUUCAAAUUGUUUAUUGAGUGUAUUUUAUUUGUUCUAUGUAAUUGUAAUAUUUAUUGAUCAUAAAAGAAGGGAUUGAUAUUAUACUACUUUUCAA